UCCACGACUGCUACCUGAAGCUUAUGAUCUUGAAAGAGUUGUACCGGAAGGUACUAUGGUACAACUUCCGUGUCCAGUUGAAGCUGAUCCGGACACACUCUUCUUCGAAUGGUAUCGGGACCGUGAACCUCUAGAUGCGUUUGCGGACGAAAGGUACAGAAUUCAAGGAAAUGGUGUCCUCAAAAUCAAGUCAGUCGUACCAGAAGAUACAGGACUGUAUGUCUGUAGAGCUGUAAAUGGAUUUGGGAAGGCUGAUGUUAAUGUUACACUUAUUGUACUAGGAUCGCCAGAUGCUUUUCGAUCCGAACCCUCUGACGAUGAACAAAGUUUUAUCAUAGAGUCUGGUCGUAUGUUUGAAGAAAACCCAAGACUAGAAGAUGAAGGCCAUCCAGAACCAAAAGGCAAACCACGGUUUACUCAAGUUUCCAAGUUCACAAACUCUGUAGUGCAAAGGUUAGUUGGAUCAUCUGUUCAUCUCAAAUGCAUUGCCAAAGGAGAUCCUCGCCCACAAAUAUCAUGGUUGAAAAACGGGAAACCUUUACCAGAUUCAAACCUGCCGUCAAACAGUAGAGGAGGCCACUGGAUUCUCAACUUGCAGAAUCUGCAAGCUUCUGAUACUGGAAAUUAUACAUGCGUUGCACAAAAUGGUUUAGGUUCCGUCAGCACAAGUUUCGUUGUAAAAGUAAUUGAUCGAGUUCGAACUAAACCAGAAUUUAUAAAUGGAUACCCAUCAAACAUAACAGCAAAGGCUGGUGAUACUGUUUCACUUCAGUGCUUGCUGUCAAGUGACAUUCCUCCUCAUGUUCAAUGGCUGAAGCAGAUACCUUCGACGGGGGGUAAGUCUCCAGACCAAGCUUUCCAGGCUGUUAAACUUCUAGGCGAAUAUUAUCAUGUCCUGAAAUCCACAGAAGUUAUUGAAAGAAUGGAUGGUUCCUUUUUUAGCAAGCUGGUCUUCAAAUCGGUACGAGAAACUGACGAAGGAAAAUACAUUUGCUUGGGAGCUAAUGCCAUGGGAUUCAGGUCUCGAAGUGCCUUCCUUACAGUCCUCCCGAGAAUUUCUCCAAACAUGUAUAACCAAACUACUAUAGUUAUUCCUUUUCCGUUGCUUAUUGCUGUCGUAAUAUGUGGUGUUAUUAUCUUAGCUGGUCUUAUUGGACUUCUGCUAUUCUGUCGCAGUCGUCGAUACUCUUCUACAGCUUCAAGAGAAAUUUCCUCAGCAGCAACAAAUACGACCAGUAGCUCAUCAUCUAAGACCGGAAGCAGUGGUACAGCGGAGAUUAAACACUCGUACGCUGAAAUGAGAUGCCAUCCACCAAGAACUGGGAUUAAGGAUGAGCUAGGUGUGACAUCAUCAUCAAGGAUUUACAUAGCGCCCGGCCAGUUUCAUAGGACAGCCAUAUUAAUUUGAAACUUUGCAUUGUUCGAUGUUUGUAAACGUUAUUGAUGUUUGUCGUUCGUUAUAGAAAUCUGCCCUUUGUUAUGUUUCGUUCUUUACCAUGUGGUAAAGGGCAAUAAGCAAUCAAACUGAACGUACUUAACUUAACGCAAGCGUUAAGUAACUAAUGCUACAUCAGAUAGUUUUAAUGAGAAAUUUGAAGUACACAACUAGAUUUUUUAAACAUGUAAGGACUAUUGUGUGAAGAACUUCAAUAAUGACUUUAUAUUAUUUAUCAAUUUAUAUUUAUCAAAUCAUGAAGCACAAAAGACUUCGAAAAAGAUAUGAACUCUUUGCUUUGCAUCAGCAGUCUAGACAUCAUUUAUGAAUCGAAAGUAAAAGUGAACAAUCAUAAAGGUUUUCUGGUUACUUACUCGCUAUUUAUAAAGCUUCAACGUUUGUAAAACAUUCCAUCAAAAUUUGUAAGGUUGACAGCACGAUAUAAAUUCAGUUAAAGAACUUAAAAGAACUGACGCACGAACUGACUGCAAUUUUUAUAUGUACAUAAUGAAAGUAUAUAUAAAAAACAACACUUUUAGAUUAUAACAGUAAAUAUUGAUUGAAAAAAGGAUAGCUUUUCAAUAGUGUUGCAUAAGUAAAGUUUUGGGUUAAAAUUAUAAAGCAUAAGAUUAGUAGAAAACGAAUAAUAUUUCUAAUGUUAGAUUACUUGCAACAACACAAAUUUUAAUUUUCUCUUUCUUUCUUCUCCAGAUAAUUAAAGUAAAUUACUAGCUUAAAUUAAUUAGACAUUUUGAAACCCAUCCAAUAGCAAGAAACGAAUAAAUUAUGGGAUGAGCAACAGCUUGAAUAAUAUUUCUGUAAAGAAGAAGUAGAAAGUAAUUAUAGAUAUAUUAGUAAUUUAAAUAGACGUGUGAUUUAUCCUGAAUGUCUAAAUAGAUUCCAUUGUCUUAAAUAUGCAAAUAGAUGCAAAAUAUCUGAAGCUCCUUUGUUAGAAAUGAGACGUAAAUAAUUUUUGAUGGCUUGAAAAGAGGACACUGGGAUUAGGGGAUACUGCAAUUGUUUCCUUUUAGAUAGGUAGUCAUAAUGACAAUCGAUUUUCAUGAAGAAAGAUGCGAAUUCGAAAUAACUGAUAAUUCAGUUACGAUUCUGAAAGGCCAGAUGUUUCAUAUUAUACCAUAUCACUGUGAACUCUAUGUGCAAUGUUGUAUUUGUGAAUUUCAAAUGAAUUGUUAAUGAAAUCAUAUGGCUGUAGUUAUCGUUGGUAAUUUAAGAUGUUCCCAAAAUUUUACAUAAAAGUUUCUGUUCUGAAAGAAUAAAGAAGCAUAACGAGUUGAAAAAAUUACAUUGU